UUUAGCGUUGUUAGCGUAGCAACAUGAUGGCGGCGCCCUCGAGAGCGCAGGUGAUUUCUCUGUACAAGAUGCUCCUAAGAGAAAGUUACAACUUCCCCUCGUACAACUACAGGACGUACGCGGUGCGGCGUGUGCGCGACGCUUUCAGAGUCAACAAGGAUGUGGCCGACCCAAACACGGUGGAGAGGCUGGUGCUGGAGGGCCGCCAGUCACUGGCGCUGAUACAGAGACAGGUGGUCGUGGGCAGUAUGUUCCAGGCUCAGAAGACGGCGGUGGAGUAGCAGCAAGCGGCCAAUCAGCUUCCGGCUUGUGAGGUGGGCGGUGCGUCAUGGGGGGCGUCGCAGCAGCCGACUUCCACAGAGACCCAAAUAAAAGCACUUUAUGUGACGAAA